UUGUCCUGUAGAAGUCUUGUAUACUUUUUUAAUAUUAGUACUACAUAACAACAUAAUUUUUGUUGUGUUUGUUUUGCCCUCUUGAAGCUUAACCUUGGAGACGAUAUCAUGAAAGUUGUAAUCGAUUGGAGCAAGCUUCAAAGCACACCUGCACUUCAGCCAACAGUACUCUUUAGUGCACUUCAGCAGCAUAUUUUAUGUUUGCAGCCUCUCUUAGAAAAACUUCAGUCAUUGAUUAAAGAGGAAAAUAUAGGAUGUGUUAAACCUGCAGGUAAAACAGAAGGCCCAACUUGUGAGACAAGUUUGGAUUUUUAUGGUGGUAACUGUCAGACUGAAGAGAAGUACAUGAGGUAUGACUUGGGAGAUCUGAAGGGUGCUCAUAUUGAUUUUGAUCCAGAGGUGGUCCAAAUAAAAGCUGGAAAAGCAGAAAUUGACAGGCGGAUAUCAGCCUUCAUCGAGAGGAAACAAGCUGAGAUCAAUGAAAAUAAUGUCAGGGAAUUUUGCAAUGUUAUUGAUUGUAAUCAAGAAAACAGCUGUGCCAGAACAGAUGCAAUUUUCACACCUUAUCCUGGAUUUAAAAGCCAUAUAAAGGUUUCUAGGGUAGUAAAUACAUACGGUCCUCAGACUAGAUCUGAAGGAGCACAUGGGUCCAGUCACAAAGUCAAUGUGCCUAUUCAUGAUUGUGGAAACCAAGCUGUUGAGGAGAGAUUGCAAAAUAUUGAAACACACUUACGGUUACAAACAGGUGGUCCUGUACCAAGAGACAUUUAUCAGAGAAUUAAGAAGCUUGAAGAUAAAAUCCUUGAGCUGGAAGGACUGUCUCCUGAAUAUUUUCAAUCUGUAAGCUGUUCUGGCAAGAGGAGAAAGGUUCAACCUCCCCAUCAGAACUAUUCGUUGGCUGAACUUGAUGAAAAGAUCAAUGCCAUAAGACAGGCAUUACUGAGGAAAACAAAAGAAAGCAAGUUCAAGGAGGCUGAGCAGCUUCUUCGAUAAAAAAAACCCAAACCAGAGUCUUCAGAAUCCUCAUCAUGCUUUACACAUCCCUAAAGCAUAGGCCUGAGUAGUGUUCAUCAGGGAUGACUUGAGCAAUGAAAACAAAGCAGGCAUAUAAACUUCUUUUGGGUGAUCUUGAAAGUUUGCUUUCAGAAGAACUCAUUUAAAAACAGUCUUAAUAAUGAAAUAGU